AUGUCGAUCCUGCCACUCAUCACCUUCAAGGCCGGCAUGUGCGAUGUCGAGUCCGAAGGAAACCCCAGAAAGGUGAAGCCGCAGCCCAGGCCCGGCUAUAUCUACCUCUACUCCGACGAUGACCUCAUCCACUUCUGCUGGCGCGAACGCGAUCAACCCAUGGACGACCCCGAGCUCGACCUCGUCAUGGUGCCCACGGACGGCCAGUUUAUUCCACACCACAGCGGCGACAAGGCAUCCUCCAAGACGAACGGCCGCAUCUUUGUCCUCAAGUUUGCCUCCUCGUCCGCCCGACACUUCUUCUGGAUGCAGUCGAAGCCCCAGUCCCCCAGCGGCGAUCCCAGCUGGUUCAGCCCCCGGGAUCGCAAGAUUGGAGACAUAGUCCACGAGCUGCUGCAGGGUGAGGACGUUGACGUGCAGCGCGAGCUCGCACCAGUGUCGGGCGGAAACCAGGGCGAUGACGAUGAUGAUGACGAUGACGAGAUGGAGGAUGCCGACAACGACAGGUCCGGCCGCGCCGCCUACAGGGGCGCCGGCGGUGGCGCCGGCGCCGACGCCACGGGAGGAGACGUCCGAGAAGAGGGCGAAGAUGCCCGAGAGGGCGGCAGCGACGGAGCACGAGCAGCUGGUUCGGGUGCGAGCGGGGCGCCCACAGAUGCCGAUGCUGCCGUCAGGAACUUCCUGCAGUCAUUGCAAGGGAACGCCGGACUCGGCGGUGCGCAGGGUGGCCAGCAGCAGCAGCAGCGCGCAGGCGGCGCCGACAAGACAUUCCCGUAUCUCAACCACCUUCUGCCCAACGAGAUCACGAUUCCCAUGCUGCGCACCGCGUCGGAAGAGUACAUCGACAGCCUGCUGAGCUUCCUGCCGCCGGCCAUCCUGGUGCUCGCCACUGGUUCUGGCGACCUGGGGGAUUCGGAGCCGACGGCAGACGCUGCGGCCGCGGCCAUGGCGUCCCUCAGCGUCGCGGAGAAGAAGACUGUGCUGGAGAGGGUGUUCAGGAGUCCUCAGUUCCACCAGGGGCUGGGCAGCCUGACGAUGGCCAUUCGCGACGGCGGCCUGCCCACGAUCGCCGAGGCUCUCACGAUCAAGGUCGCCAAUGGGGGGUACCUUCAGGGCGGCGGGAUGCCCCUCGGUGGUGGCGAGGCUGUUGAGGCUUUCGUCGAAGGCGUCAAGAAGACUGUGCAGGAAAAGAAGGAACAGCGGCCCCCACUCUUCAACGUCACUCUGGUCCCUGAGCUCCUGCAGCUUCAGGCAUCUCAAUCCCAGGCUUCUGAACUUUCCCAUCUCCCAGCUUCCAUCUUCCAUCUUUCACCCCUCAGCCUAGCCACAGCCGCGAUCAUGGCCGACGCAACAAUGCAUCCGCCGUUGCCCACGUCGGAGGACGCAUUCGCCCAGGACGAUCGCAUCUCCUUCUCUCGUCUCGAUAACAAGUACAUCGCCGUCAACGACGAGGACGGCACCGAGCUCGAGUUCGACAAGGCCACCCGAAAAUGGGUCCUUCCCCCAGACCACGACGACGACAACGAACGAGACCUGCAACAACAGGACGCCCAUCUAGCCGACCUCGCCCAGAGCGGGAGCACCACCACGGCCCAGGACGUCAGCGCGUCACGGAAACGCAAAGAUGCGCCGCUGAACGGCAACGAGGUAUGCGCCGCCGUGCACGAAUCCGGACCGCGAGGCCAGCCCUUCGCCCAGGCCGGACCCUCUUUCUCCUUUGUCUCCUCCUCCUCCUCCUCCUCCUCUUCUUCUCAUGCCUACGAAAGCAGCGCCGCAGCCACCGUGACCCCCUCGGACAGACGCACUAACCAGGACCCGUUCCCCCGCCAGGACCCCGACGAGAGCGCCCACAACAGCGGCAGCCAGACGCCGGCAGAGGCGGCGCCCGCCAAGCGGCCCCGGCCCGCGAAGAAGCAAAAGGCGCCGCCGGCGCCGCGGCAGAACACGGCCGUCUACGUCACGGGCCUGCCGCGCGACGCGACGGCCGACGAGGUGCACGAGCUCUUCUCGCGCAAGGCCGGCGUCGUCGCCGAGGAGAUUGACAGCGGCCGGCCGCGCAUCAAGAUGUACACGGACGAGCACGGCGGCUUCAAGGGCGACGCGCUCGUCGUCUUCUUCAAGCCCCAGUCGGUCGAGAUGGCCAUCAUGCUGCUCGACGACACGGACCUGCGCGUCGAGCCGUCGGGCCAAGGCUCGGGCCGCAUGCGCGUGCAGGCCGCCGACGCGAGCUACAAGAAGACGACGUACGACGAAAACGGCGCCGCCGACGCCAAGGGCAAGGCCCCCGAGGGCGCGCCGCCGCUGCCCCCGAAGAAGCAGCAGCAGCAGCAGAGCCGCGCGGACCGCGACAGGGACAGGCAGAAGAUCAUCAAGAAGACGCAGAAGCUGGACGCCAAGCUCGCCGACUGGAGCGACGACGACACGGCGGCGCUGCCGACGGCGUCGGCGUCCAAGUGGGACCGGCUCGUGGUGCUGCGGCACAUGUUCACGCUGGCGGAGCUCGAGGAGGACCCGGCGGCGCUGCUGGAGAUCAAGGAGGACGUGCGCGAGGAGUGCGCCAAGCUCGGCGCCGUCACGAACGUCGUCCUCUUUGACGAGGAGCCCGACGGUGUCGUCUCGGUCAAGUUUCGCGAGCCGCAGGCGGCGCAGGCUUGCAUUGCCAUGAUGGACGGGCGGAGCUUUGACGGGCGCGUUGUCGAGGCGUCGCUGGCGACAGGGCGGGAGAAGUUUCGGCGAUCCAAAGGCGGACAGGCCGACGAGGAGGACGAGUAG